AGAUCCAGCCGGAGGCGUGGUUUGUCCCGGUUUGGGCUCGGUGGGAUGGGGGGGUUGAUGCUUCCCUCCAUAAUGCUGGCGCUCUGCUUCCUGCUGGAGGCGGGCGCCGCUCAGCGUUCGGGGUUCAGGGUCUGCGCCUUUAACCUGCAUCACUUCGGGGAGUCAAAGUCCAGGAAGAGCGACGUCAUGCAAACUCUGGCCCGGAUCAUCUCCCGCUGUGACGUGUGUCUCCUGCAGGAGGUCAGAGACAGUAAAGGGACGGCCCUGCCCAAACUGCUGGAGCAGAUCAGGCUCUCCGACCCCGCGCAUGCGUACAAGUCCGUGGCCAGUGCGCGACUGGGCCGGACCGAGUCCUACCAGGAGCAGUACGUCUUCGUCUACAGGUCGGACACGGCCACGCUCGCGGACACGUACCAGUACCCGGAUGACCUGCCCGGGGACGAGGACGCCUUCGCACGCGAGCCCUCCGACCCCGCGCAUGCGUACAAGUCCGUGGCCAGUGCGCGACUGGGCCGGACCGAGUCCUACCAGGAGCAGUACGUCUUCGUCUACAGGUCGGACACGGCCACGCUCGCGGACACCCUUUUCUGGCUCCUCCCCGAGGACAGCGACUCCACGGUGCGCGCCUCCACCUCCUGUUCCUACGACAGGAUCGUUGUUCACGGAGAAACCUUCAACAGGGCCGUCGUUCCUUUUUCUGCCAGAGCCUUCAACUUCCAGGCCGAGUACAGACUAACAGAGGAGCAG